UAAGAACUUGUUAUAGAAUAACGCAGGUUUCCAAUUCAAGCACAGAGCCAGAUUCACUCCAGGCUCCUUCUGCAGAAAUGUCAACCACCCAGGGGGACAUUCCAGGGACGUCCCAGACUGCACCUGCAAAAGCAAAAAGACCUUUGAAGAGGAAAGCUGAUUCUCUUAAGGAUGACAAAAGCAAAAAGAAAAAGAGAAAAAAUGUCAAGCGAACUGUGAGACCAAAUUACACCAUCCAGGAGGGAGAGGACAUGCUUUUGAUUAUAUCAAAUAUAAGUAGUGGUGACAGUAUAUGGAAGCCCAAGCGCAAGGGAUGUAAGAAAAAAAAGGGAAACAAAAAAGGCAAGAGUAAAACCUCUGCUAACAAAACCAAAAAAGCAGCAGUAAAAGUCCCCAAAGUCACAGAAGGAACGAUUGAUACACAUGUUGAUUUGGAAGCUGCGAAUUCUGUUAGUUUAGACCACUGGGGUCAGAGUUUACCAAUAGAGGUCCUGGUUAAAAUCUUUCAGUUUGCAAUUCACCAGGAUGGAGCUGUUCCUUUUCUGUGCAGGGUUGGUAGAGUUUGCCAUCUAUGGAAUGGAGCCGCGUCCUCUCCGGUCCUGUGGCGCAAUGUGUCAAUUGGCUACUGCUGGAUUGAACCCAGUAAGACUCAAUUACCCGGGACAGAACAGAAGAUUAGGAACACGAUAGAUUGGCUAGCUGAAAACAGAUUGUCUCAGCUGAGAGAGUUCUCCCUUUGCCACUGGAAAAAACAUGUUGACUAUGUUAUUCAGAAAGUUUCACAAUCAUGCCACAAUCUUCAUUCGCUCAAGCUGUCUUACUGCACGGGAAUGACAGAAACAGCCUUCCAAAGCCUUGGCGCUGACUGUCGUUCAUUGGAGAAUAUAAAUGUGCAACACUCAGAGUUUAAUGUUGAUGGUCUGGUGUCCUUCCUUGAGGCGUACGGCAACCAAAUAAAGAAAAUUUACUUCACACACAGCACCAAAAGUGACAAACUGCUCAGUGGGUUGUCUAAAGGUUGCUGUCCAGAGCUCAGGCUUCUGGAGAUCAAUACUAAAUUAGAUGGAGGAUACUGCCAGCUUCCCAUCUGUAUUCAGGCUUUGCAGAUUGGAUGCCCUAAACUUCAGACUUUUAGAUUGAUGAAUGUCACUCCAGUUCCUAAAAUGAUCCGCAACACGCCUAGUUCAACGUCCGGUUUUCCCAUGCUAGAGGAGCUGUGCAUUGCCACUUCCUCUCACUCUUUCAUGACGGACAGUGACCUGAACAAUGUGCUGCAUGGCUCCCCCCACCUGCGUGUGCUAGACCUGCGUGGUGCCUCCCGCAUCACAGCCACAGGCCUCUACGCUCUGCCUUUUGAGAAACUGGAGUGUCUAUAUUGGGGCCUGUACUUCAAUAGCAAUACCAUGGUAGCAUCCAAGAAAGGCAUACACAUGCUUGCCCAGAAAUGGAGCAGCACCCUCAGGGAGCUUGAUUUGGCCAACCAGCCAUUUUCUGAGGAAGAUAUGGAGAUUGCCAUGGGAUAUCUUGCACAUGCUGCUGGAGUCGAUUUGUUUCGCUCCCUGAACCUCAGUGGUACAAAAAUCACUUCAUCUACACUCAGGUUGCUAAUAACCCAGGCACCAGCUCUGAAGUACUUGAAUCUGUCGUCUUGCCGGUAUCUGCCCAGAGGGCUCAAAAGAGUAUAUCAUGGUCAAGAAGACAUUCAGCUUCUCCUGGACAAAUUAGGCUGAACAUGUAGCCUAUUUAUUGUCGGAACUUUAAUAGUUCAUUUAAUUCAGUUGUUUUUAAAGUGUACUUAAAUGUGGUAUUUGUGUGUGUUGUGAUUUGUA